AUGGUGGAUGUGAAAGCUAAACCAUUUUCGGAUGAAAAGCGAUGGGUUGUUAUUUAUCCGACGUACCUAGAUUCUAAAAAAUCACUUCAACAAGGUAGAAAAAUUCCGAAAGGAAUGGCUGUUGAGAAUCCCACAUCAGUUGAGAUUUUUGACGUAUUGACCGCGAGCGGCCUGAAUCCUGUGCUUGAGAGAGGUAAACUGCAUCCUCGGGAGCAAGAUCGUGAGCCCGAGAAACUUGGCCGAGUGCGUGUGAUGCUGAAGAACGAUGAUGGGACUGUGAAGAACAAGGAUUAUCCCACUAGUGAGCCACAUCUUCUUUGUACAAUUGUUCCUCUCCCUUUUAUCUGUUAA